GUGUUGGAAGAUUCUGAUCUACAGAAGCGUGAUGUGGACGAAAUCGUGCUUGUUGGAGGAUCUACGCGUAUCCCGAAAGUUCAGCAGCUUCUUAAAGAAUUCUUCAAUGGAAAGGAACCAUCUCGUGGAAUCAAUCCGGAUGAAGCGGUGGCAUAUGGUGCAGCUGUACAGGCGGGCGUACUUUCGGGUGAGGAAAGUACCGGUGAUAUUGUGUUGUUGGAUGUGAACCCGCUGACGCUUGGUAUCGAAACUGUUGGUGGUGUGAUGACGAAGCUGAUUCAACGGAACACGGUCAUCCCAACCAAGAAGAGUCAGAUCUUCUCGACGGCUGCGGACAAUCAACCAGUUGUCACAAUCCAGGUAUAUGAAGGAGAACGACCAAUGACCAAAGACAAUCACAUUUUGGGCAAAUUUGAUUUGACCGGCAUCCCACCAGCACCUCGUGGUGUACCACAGAUUGAGGUCACAUUCGAAAUCGAUGUCAAUGGCAUUUUGCAUGUUACGGCUGAAGAUAAGGGCACUGGCAAUAAGAAUAAGAUAACAAUCACAAAUGAUCAUAACCGGUUGUCUCCGGAAGAUAUCGAAAGGAUGAUUAACGAUGCCGAGAAGUUCGCCGAUGAUGACAAGAAGGUUCAAUUUUUUUUUUUGAUUUUUAAUAAGUUUUAUGUCUUUUUAAUGAGAAAUCAGGGCUGGUACCGUUUG